AAAGUCCGUAGUCAGUCAGCAACUAAAGCGGCGUUAACAUAAACAGACACAAAGUAAGAAAUAUAUAGGAAGGCAGCAUAAAUAUGAGCAGCUCUAGAGUUUACGUCGGUGGAUUGCCGUAUGGAGUGCGGGAAAAAGAUUUAGAACGAUUCUUCAAAGGUUUCGGUCGAACAAGAGAUAUUUUGCUAAAGAAUGGUUACGGCUUUGUAGAGUUCGAGGAUUCACGUGAUGCUGAUGAUGCAGUUUAUGAGAUGAACGGCAAAGAGUUAAUGGGCCGCAGAAUCGCAGUGGAACCGGCGAAAAGUACAGCACGUGGUAGUAAUCGCGAUCGUUAUGAUGGCGGCCGACGCGGUGGUCGUUACAACGAUAGAGGUAGAAAUACACGCUUUGGUCCACCACAUCGCACCGAAUAUCGUUUGAUUGUGGAAAACUUAUCUAGUAGUGUGAGCUGGCAAGAUCUGAAGGAUUAUGUGCGAACAGCCGGCGAAGUGACAUACUGCGAUGCACACAAAAAACGACGUAAUGAAGGUGUUGUAGAGUUUGCCUCAUCAUCGGAUAUGCGGCGCGCCAUAGAGAAGUUGGAUGAUACUGAGCUAAAUGGUCGUCGUAUACGUUUAACUGAAGAUCGUCGCAGCGGUCGAGGUGGAGGCGGUCGUGGUCGGUCGCGUUCACAUUCACGUUCUGUUUCACGUCGUCGUUCACGCUCAAAAUCAGCACGUUCGUCUCGUUCACGUAGUCGUUCGAAAUCACGUUCAAACUCGAAGUCACCAGUAAAAUCGCGUUCUCGUUCACGUUCGCGUACAAAGAAAUCUCGUGAGCUCAGCAAAUCACGUACACGCUCGCGCUCUCCCAAGCGUUCACGCAAAGAUGCUUCACGGGAACGCUCUAAGUCACCACGACAAUCGCGUUCCAAACAUGAGUCGCGCUCACCAUCCAAAUCUCGAGGUAGCUCUCGGGAUCGUUCCAGAUCGCGCUCACCAUCCAAAACUCGCGAUGACUCUCGUAGACGUCCUCAUUCCGUAUCGCGCUCACCAUCUAAACCACGUGGUGAUUCUCGUAGACAUGAUCGUUCCAAAUCGCGCUCAGUAUCUAAGUCACGUGGAGACUCUCGUAAGCGUGAUCGUUCUCGUUCCAGAUCGCACCGGUCAUCGCGCUCACGACGUGAUUCACGCUCACCAUCUCGUGGAUCUCGUGAUCAUUCACGCGACCGUUCCAUCUCUCGAUCACGCUCAGUUUCACCGAAAAAGGAUAAAGCAUCGCGUAAUAGGAAUGAAAGUGUGGAUAAAUAAGCAAAGUAUUGACAUCUUCUUUGGAACCAUACCGUACCCUCUGACUACCAAAAUAUUUUAAUGGAUAAGUAUAAAGAAUUUGUAAUUUGAAAGUAUUGAAUAAAGGAUAUUUGUAAUAAAAAAUAUAAAAUAUGUAAAAAAAAAUAAAAAUUAAAAAAAAAUCAAAAAAAAAAAUAAAUAUAUUUAUAAUAUUUGAUAGUAUAACUGUAAAUUUUGUAUUUGGUUUGCUUGAAUAUUUCAAGUACAUACAAGUAGCAGUGGUUAGGUAUAUAAGGUAUACAUAUGUAUAAGGUAUGAAAUUUUGGAAACUAGGGAAAAUUUAGAAAUUUAAACAAAAGUUAAAUCUUUAGCUCACAAGAAAAUAAAAGUAUUUAGAUAA